AUGGGAAGCCACACCUUCAAGUGGGAACACCCUGCCGAAGAGGUCUACGUAACCGGAACCUUUGAUGGUUGGACCAAGAGCGUCAAGCUUGAGAAGGACGGCGACGUUUUCCAGAAGACCGUCGAGCUCGAGGACGCCUCCAAGAAGAUUUACUACAAGUUCGUUGUCGACAACACCUGGACAACAAACGACUCCGCACCCAAGGAGCCUGACCAGGACGGCAACAUCAACAACUUUCUUACACCCGAGCAAAUCCUCACAUCUCCUGCCGCCGCAGCUCUGAUCAACACUGUAACGCCCGACUCCACAACCGCGACGAUGGCAGGCGAACAAUCUAAGAAGAAGAAGAAUAAGAAGAACAAGAACAAAAACAAGAACAAGGAGUCCCAAGACUCUCUUGAGUCAAAGGAAGAGACCUUGGAGACCACCGAGGUGGUUAGCACCCCGUCAGAUAUUCCUGGUGGCUUCCCCGCUACUCCUGCUGCCGAAUUGGAAAAGCCUGUGGGCAUCAGCCCUCUCCCUGCCGCCGAGGGCGCUGUGAAUCCAGUCAAGGUCGAGGCUGGGGAGAAGGUCCCCCAGUCCGUGGCUGCCCAGGAUAUCAAUGCCAACGUGAAGCUUGACAAGGAGUCGUACGAGAAGAGCGACGCGCUCCCUGGUGGCCUCCCCGCUGCCAUUGCCGCCGAAGCAGAGAAGCCUGUCAGCAUCAACCCUCUCCCGGCCGCCGCUGGCGCUGUGAACCCAAUUCAGCUCGCGCCUGGGGAGAAGGUCCCACAGUCUUUGGCUGCCCAGGAUAUCAAUGCGAACGUAAAGCUUGAUAAGGAGUCGUACGAGAAGAGCGAUACUCUCCCUGGCGUUCAAACUGAAGUCCCCGCCGUUUCUAAGAACAUCAUUCCCGAGUCCGGUUUACCUGUUGGUGAUGCCACUAUCAACUCAGUUACACCUACUGCCACUACUGCUAUCUUGGCCGGCAAUGUUCCCCUGGAGCCUAAGGUUCCAAAAAUCGUCAAGGAGAGCCAGGAGCAGGCUGGUGUGUCCCCCGAGGCAAGCGCCGUUGCCGAAGAGGUGAAGGAAAAGGCUGCCGUCGAGGAGGAGCUCAAGGCCAAGGUGCCAGAGGUACCUUCAACCUCUGAGGGUACUUCUGGUUUGGGGACUGAGAAGUCCGAGAACACUGGCACUAUUGCAGCAGUUGCAGCCACAGCUGGUGGCGCUGUCAUUGCAGCCGUAACAGCCGCAACAGUCGCAGCAACAAAUGCCGCUGACAAGGCCGCCCCUGUCGUUGACCAAGCCGCUACGACAGUCGUCGAUGUUGCCAACAAGAACUUGCCAGACUCCGUCAAGGAGCAGCUGCCCGAAUCUGCUCAACAAGUCCUAGCCUCUCACAACAAGGAGGAGAUCCGCGAACAGAUUGCUCCCGAAGUCCCAGAUGAGGUGAAGCAGUCCAUCACCGAGGCUGCAAAGAACCCUGAGGCUGCUGCCAAUGUUGUUGCUGUAGAAGACAAGAAGGAGGUCGAAGCUGAGCUGCUGAAGGAAGUCAAGGAGGUCCCCGCUGUUGGCGACGCAACUGUCCCUGAGGCCAAGACUGCCCAGGCUGUCGAGGCAGCGCCCACAGGUGUGGUAGCACCCGCGAUUGCGGAGGUACCCAAGGUUGAGGAGACCCCCAAGGUUGAGGAGACCCCCAAGGUUGAGGAGACCCCCAAGGUUGAGGAGACCCCCAAGGUUGAGGAGGCUCCCAAGGUUGAGGAGGCCCCCAAGGCUGAAGAGCCAAAGGUCGCAGCCGCAGCCAACGGCGCUGGGGCAUCAAACGGCACUGGAAGCAAGCCCGAAGCAUCCAAGACAGCCGAGGCCUCUACGGAAAAGAAGAAGAAGAACCGCUUCAGCGCGAUACUCAGCAAGAUUAAGCACAAAAUCACCGAUAAGAACUGA